AUGCUUGAUGCCAUCAAGCAGGAGCUCAAAACAGAACUCAAGAACACCACCAAUACUGUCCACGCAAUCGCUGCAAACGUACAACUGAACAUGAGAGCAGGAGAGGCUGCAAAGACAGCGGCCAAGGAGGCGGUAGAGAUAGGUAAAGCCAAUCUGCAGAUGGCAAGACAGAUCAGAAACACAGGACCACAGACAGGCGGCACGGUCAGCUACGCUGCAAUAGCAGCAAGGGGCGUGACACUAGCAGGUACAGCAAAUAUACAAGUCCCUAGAAUGCCUUCUAUGCAGACGCAGCGUGAAGUUGUUGUGACAAUCAGAGACCCCACUACAGUACUUAGCCUGCAGGCAAUGAACCUGUACAAUCUCAACACCCACGUUGAGCGCGCCAUCGUGCAGAGCGGAAAUGAAAACAUAAACGGUAUCAAGGUGCUCUCUUUGAACCAGCUGAGAAGUGGCAACCUCAGCAUCAAGACAGCCACCAGCAAUGAGGUGGAAGCACUAAAGCAGUUUGCUGACGACUGGGUCCACCGCAUUGGCAACAGAGCCACAAUACGGAUCACAACCUACGGCAUUAUCGCACAUAGCAUACGUAUCAGCACAAUGGACAUGGACAGAUUUGAAGAGACAAGGGACCAGAUACUACUGGACAACAAGCCGUUCAUCCCGCAGGCGGAGAUCAAGUACGUUGGGUGGCUGACACACAACGCACCCACAAAAGCCGCCUCCAGCAUCAUCAUAGAGCUCAGCAAGCCUGAGGAUGCAAACAAGAUCAUUGACGAG